AGAUUUUUCCUUUUAGAUUUGGCUUUUUAAAUCGACCGCAUGAGGUCAGCGCACUUGCCGAAAGCUAGAAAACGUGAAGGUUUCUCUUCGACGAUAUGUCAGAAUAACCAUGAAUUACCCCAAACUGAAGCAGUUAGAAUGCCGAACAAGAAAUUGAAUAAAAUCUACCUAUACAAUUAUCGGUACUUCUAACUUCUGAGCUUAAAGUCCCCUUUCUCCGGUGAUCCACAAAUUCAAUUUCUUUUGGGGAGACGGAUCAGAAGCUGUAACGUCUUUAUCUGGGAUCUGGAAUGAAGGAGAUAUGGAUGAAUCUACUGCGAAAGAGAUUCCUGUGUCCAAGACUGAUAUUCUUAAGAGUCAACGCCACCAACGCCGAGGUGCGAAGGGCAAGCUUACAAGAAUAAGACAUGCCUUGAAGAGCUUGAUAGAAGAAAGACGGCCUAUUUCAGAGGUGCAGGAGAUCUAUGAAAGGUAUCUUCUUGCUUAUGAAGAAUUGCAGAAUAGGCAUGAAUCAUUUUCAGAGCUUAUUGAAGAUGACGAUGAAUACGACAUGGAAGAAAGAUGGAUGGAUGAAUGUCAGCAGUCUUUCCUUAGCCAUCAAAUUUCUUUCAGAGAUUACUGUAAGGGAGAGACAGAGAAAAAUGUUUCAAGGCAGAAACUACGAAAACAGAUGACGAAUGAACAGCCAAGUGAUGAUAAUUCAGAAGCUAGUUCUGAUGAAACAGCAUCAAACGCACAGCAAGAUGGAAGUCAUACCCAGAGUCUGCAGAUAAGAAAUGUACAGAAGAGAGUGGGAUCCAUGUUCAAAAUGGAAAAGCCAAAGAUGCCCACAUUUAACGGAAAUGUGCGAGAUUAUUGCAUAUUCAAGGCUGACUUUCAACAUGCUCUGGGAGAAGUUUUUGAUGAAAGAGAUGCUCUAAUGAUAUUGCGAUCAUGUCUGCAAGGUAAACCCCUACAGAUGAUUCAAGGAAUAGGACGAGACUUCAAAGCAGCUUGGGAGCAGUUAGAUAUGGUGUAUGGAGACCCAAGGUUAGUUGCAGACGCAAUUAUUCAUGACAUCACCAAAUUUCGCUCCUUGAAACCAGGUGAAGAUGAUCGCUUCUGUGAAUUUGUGAACAUAGUACGCAGAAGUUACAAUGUGCUCAAAGAAAUUGGGAAGGAGAACGACAUGAAUAACAGUCACAUGCUGGCUAUCAUGGAGAAGAAACUCACCCCUGAAGAUAGAAAGAUCUGGUUCAGGAAUCAAGAAUUGGGUGAAGCUUCUGCAACAUUUGAGAAAUUUCUUCAAUUCCUCACCCUAGAGUUGAAGGCAAGGAUGAGAUCAGCAGCUCCGGUAAGAGGUGAAGUAAAAGCAAGCGUCAACUUUAUGACCAAGAAGCCCAGCCCAAGUACCAAUAACCAGGAAAGGAAGUUCGACAGAUGCUGGCUCUGUAGAGAUGAUUCCCACUGGACUGACCAAUGCAAGUCAUUUCUGUCCAAGUCGUUCAAGGAGAGAAUGCAGCUUGUCAAGGAAAAUAAGGCAUGUUUUGCUUGUCUGAAAAAGGCUACCUAUGGUCACAGAAUGUCUACUUGCAAAAGACGACGGCGCUGUACCGAGAGCGUGAAUGGAGAACAGUGCAAGUACUACCAUCAUCCUCUUCUACACAAUUCAUCAGAUGUUAGAGAAGUUGGUGUAGCCUGUGUUGGUGCAAAGGAAGCUCUCCUACCAGUGGUGACAGUGGAAGUGGCUGAAAAGAAAACCUGGAAAAAGUGCAAUAUGUUACUAGACUGUGGAGCCCAAUUGUCAAUAAUAAAACAGUCACUUGCAGACAAGUUAAAGUUAAAAGGCAAGGAAGUCACUAUUGUAAUAUCAAAGUUGGGAGGAGUGGAAGAGGAGGUGAUCACGAAUGAAUAUAAGGUCAGCGUAAAGGAGUUAGGAGGACGAAAUUCCUUGCCAGUUACGGUGAUUAGCCUGCCUCAUAUCAGUACCACAGACAGUGUACCAGAAGAAUAUCUACAGUCAGCAGCCAAACAACUUAAGAUUGAUCGAAAGAUGUUCAACAGGCAUGGUGGAGAGAUUGACUUACUAGUUGGCAGUGAUCAUCCCAAGUUCCAUGGAGGUGAGUCAAAGGAGACCCACAACUUUACUGCUCGUCAUUCACCUGUUGGAUGGGUGAUACUAGGAACAUUGCCGCAUAGAAGGAUGGAAUCAAGUAAAGUUUUGCAUGUGCAGUUAGCCAAGCCAGUGGAUCUGACUGAGUUCUGGACGACGGAGUCGAUGGGAGUCAAGGACAUCGACUGCCAAUGCCAACCUACAGGGAUGACCAAGGCAGACAAAGAGGAGUAUGAUAUGAUUGAACGGUCUUGUGUCAAAGAAGGUAAUCAGUGGCAAGUUUCGUAUCCAUGGAAACGAGACCCAAACAAACUUCCUGAUAACAGAUGGUUAGCUGAGAAGAUGUUGGAAGCUACGGAAAGGAGGCUUCUAAAGAAUCCUGAUCAUGCAAAAGCUUACCAAGAACAGAUGACCCAGCUGGUAGAGAUGGGAUUCGCACGGAAGUUGUCUGAUAAUGAAGUCAGUGGAUAUUCAGGACCGGUACACUAUAUUGGUCACCAUGCAGUAGUUAGACCUGAAAAGAAAAGUACCCCAGUGCGUAUUGUAUUCAACUCGUCAGCAAGCUAUCAAGGACAUUCUCUCAAUGAAUACUGGCACAAGGGUCCUGACAUGUUAAAUUCACUUUUUGGAGUUCUGAUGAAGUUCCGCGAUCACUCUGUUGCGGUCAGUGGUGACAUAUCCAAGAUGUAUCACCGUGUCAAGGUACCAGUAAUUGAUCAACAUGUACACAGGUAUCUCUGGCGUGAUCUUGAAGUUGAGAGGAAGCCUGAUGUCUACAUCAAGUUGGUUGUCACCUUUGGCGACAAGCCUUCCCCGGCAAUGGCCCAAAUUGCCUUGAGAAAAACAGCUGAAGUAGCAGAGAAAGAAAGUCCUAAAGCAGCACAGAUCCUGAAGGAAAGUACAUACAUGGAUGACAUUUGUUUCUCGACACCAACUGAAGAAGAAGCCAUUCAGCUAACUGAUGAAAUCGACAAAGCUUUGGGGGAUGGAGGCUUCAACGUCAAGGGCUGGGUGUCGAACAAAAAUAUAAGACCCGGUAGCCAGAACGAGAUGGAAUUGCUGAGUAAGUUGUCCAAUGAGAAGGUUUUAGGAGUUGUUUGGAACCAACAUAACGAUUCAUUCUCGUACAAGUCAACCUUGGACAAGUCCAGUAGAGAAGAGAAAUCAGCCAAUAAUGAAGGAAAAUGGACAAAACGAAAAAUCCUGAGCCAAAUAGCAAGAAUCUUCGACCCAAUUGGAUUUGUAUCACCCUUCCUUGUUCGAGCCAAGAUGGGAAUGCAAAGGCUUUGGGAGAAGGGAUACAAAUGGGAUGAAAGACUGCCAGAGGAACAACAGAAAUGGUGGACAGGUUUCUUCAAUGAAAUGAAAGAGCUGAGCGAGGCUAAACUUGACCGAAGCCUCACACCACCAGGAGCUAUUGACAAUCCAAUAUUAUGUGUGUUCUCAGAUGCAUCAGAAGCUGCCUUCGGGUGCUGUGCCUACCUUAGAUGGCAGAUAGCAGAUGGCAGUUUUACUACAAGAUUUGUAGCAGCAAGGUCAAGAGUGGCCCCUUUAAAGAAGCUGACCAUUCCCCGAUUAGAGCUACAAGCUGCUCUGAUGGCGGCAAGGCUGUUUACGGCAAUAAAGGAAGAGACAACUUUGAAGUUGCUAGAGACAAUCUUCAUGACAGACAGUCUCAUUACUCUAGCAUGGAUCCACAGUCAGUCCAGAAUGUACAAGUCAUUCGUCUCAUCCAGAGUGGGAGAGAUCCAGAGUGCCUCCAAUCCAGAGAACUGGAGAUAUGUUCCCGGAAAUAUGAACCCUGCUGAUAAAAUCUCCAGAGGCUUAGCAGUCAGAGAUCUGAGUAAAGAAUGGGAACAUGGUCCUGAAUUCCUAUUCAAGCCUAUAGAUGACUGGCCAGAGGACAAAUCGCUCCCUGUACAACAAGGUGAUGAUGACAAGGAGAGGAGAAAGGUAAAGCAAGUUCUACAUACAACCUGUUCUGGUGUCAUUGGCUGUGAGAAGUAUUCGUCUUGGAGAAGACUCCUCAGAGUCACAGCUUAUGUGCAUCGAUUUGUCAAGAAUAUGAAGGCCAGAUGCAAGACGAAAGUUGACGAAGGACUGACAAGAGAAGAUGGUCCACUCACUGCAUCCGAGUUAAGUGUUGCUGAACUGUACUGGAUCAAGGAGGUACAGAAACCACUUCAUGAACGCUUGAGGUCUGGUGAAUUCAAGGUUCUAAGUCCAUUUCUCAGUGAAGGUAUCAUCAGAGUUGGAGGAAGGGUAGAUAAGAUCAAACGAUCGUAUGAAGCAAGACAUCCAACUCUUAUCCCUAAUGGCCAUCAUGUAGCUAAGCUUAUCACUCGCUACUAUCAUCAGCAAGGUCAUGCGGGAGUAGCUACAACAUCAGCUAAAGUCCGGACGAGAUACUGGAUUCCAGGAGUUCAACGUCUAGCCAAAUCUGAGAAGUACAGAUGUGUAACAUGUCGAGAGAUGGAGAAAAGAGCGGAAACUCAGUUUAUGUCUGAGCUACCUGCUGAAAGGAUGAUGCCUUUUACGCCACCAUUCUACGCUACAUCUUGUGAUUACUUCGGACCGAUACCAGUGAGAAUAGGGCGUAACAAGACUGCGAAGUACUAUGGCAUCAUCUUCACAUGUCUGAACACCAGAUCAGUCCACUUAGAGGUUGCACCUGAUUGCUCGACUAUGGAGUUCCUGCAGGCUUUACGACGUUUUUUCGCAAUCCGUGGCCAACCUUCUUGCUUAAUCAGUGACAAUGGGAAGCAGUUUGUUGGAGCCGAGAGAGAGCUGCGAGAAAUGUUAGAGGGCUGGAAUGCAGAUGAGCUAAAGGAGUUCUGUGCUGAGAGGGGCACCGACUGGAGGUUUGUGACGCCAUUAGCACCUCAUCAUAACGGGUGCGCAGAAGCCCUGGUCAAAAGCUGUAAAUUAGCAUUGAAGAAGGCUAUCAAGGAUCAUUGCCUUUUUCCUUUCGAGUUGUACACAUACCUUCAAGAAGUGGCCAAUCUAGUUAAUCAACGCCCCAUCGGGAGGAUUCCCACAGACCCAGAUGAUGAUUCUUACCUAUGCCCUAAUGAUAUCUUGUUGGGUAGGGCAUCUAGCCACGUUCCUCAAGGACCUUUCCGUGAUACCAAGAAUCCCCGUCACCGAGUCGAAUUCGUCCAGAAGAUCGUCGAUUCAUUCUGGAAAUCUUGGAUUCGUGAUGUCUUCCCUUUGCUUGUACCAAGAAAGAAGUGGAACGUUGACAGACGCAAUCUCAGGGUCGACGAUGUUGUGAUAGUAGCGGAUCCAAAUGCUAUCCGGGGUAAAUGGACUUUAGGUCGUAUAACUCAAGUGUACCCUGGAGAUGACGGGAAGGUCAGAUCAGUCAAAGUCAAAACUAAAGACUCUGAAUAUAAGAGACCCAUCACGAAGAUAGUAGUUAUAUACCCUUCGGAAGGUUACGUAGAAGAAUAAGAUGUUCAUGACAUAUGUAUACUUACUUCUUUUCUGGCGGGGGAGGAUGGUUUGCCGAGCAAACCUUUUUCUUUAGAUUUUUCCUUUUAGAUUUGGCUUUUUAAAUCGACCGCAUGAGGUCAGCGCACUUGCCGAAAGCUAGAAAACGUGAAGGUUUCUCUUCGACGAUAUGUCAGAAUAACCAUGAAUUACCCCAAACUGAAGCAGUUAGAAUGCCGAACAAGAAGUAAGUUUGCAUAAUUAAUACUCAUUGUAUCUGUAUAUGUCUUAGAAAGAAUGAUAUUUUGUUUAGUUAAUGUAAAAAAAGGGGAAUUAUUUUUGGUUCAUUUCAUAGAAAGUCAAGGUCAAUUUAGCGUAAGAGUGCUUACGUGUCAAUGAAAGUAAAUCAGGCAAAUUAUGCUAAUGAGUAUAGUAGCGUAAAGACGUAGAGGGCGUAAGAGAUGUAAACAAACCGUAUUUGGUGAAUGGAUGUUAGUUUAUUACAGAUUCUGAUAUUGAAGGUUUAGAUAAAGAAGUCUUAUGACCUAUCAGGAGAAAUUGACCUUUAGCUUAAAGUGAGGAAUGAAUAUAUAAACAUUUUGCAUUAAUUCAUAAACCAUGAUGGUGAUGUAGCUGGCAGUUUAUGUGCAAAGCAUGAGGGUGAUUUUAGUUGUAGCUUAUCAGCUCUCAUAGGAUUUUAUAAAGACAAAACCAUUUAUGACUAUUGAGAAUGGAUUAGAUAAGACUUUGAGAGCAAAUGAUAUAAGGCGAUACUUUACAUAAAAUAAGCCCUAUUUUACUGCUUAUCAGACUCAUGAAUAAUUAUACGAGUCAUCAGAGGUACUGAAUUCUUUUGAAGAAUGUUUACAUUUAAUAUUUAGACGAAAGGUACUAUUUCUUUUAAGAGAGUUUCGGUACACAAAUAAUUAGUCAAUGAAGACUUGAUUUUAGUUUGAACAAGUUUAUUUCUAAAUGACAACAUAGCAAGGAGUUAUGAUAAGGUGUUACAUAUAAACAUAAUUCAGCUUAAAUACAUAGAAUAGCUGUCAUAAAGAUCAAGGCAUGAAUGUUAAACGAUAAUUAGAUUCAGUUAAUCGAACCGUACAACAAACGAGUCAAAUAAUGUUUUUUGACAAAAUAAGUGUAUUUUGCACUUGCAGCAUACUUAUGAUGUUUUUUCAUUUGUUUUUCUGAUUAUGCAGAUUGAAUAAAAUCUACCUAUACAAUUAUCGGUACUUCUAACUUCUGAGCUUAAAGUCCCCUUUCUCCGGUGAUCCA